ACUACCGCUUCAUUUUAUGCAGAGAACAACGAUGUGUAUUUUUACUAUGGUUCUUUUCAACUCCGUUUUCACCAUGACGACGAUUUCGGUCCAAAAGAAGCAAGAAAACCAUCUUGGUGUUUUUGUGAUCAUGGCGAUGACGUUUAUAUGAUGCUUGGUAUGCCUUUUACUCCCGGAAACCUCCGCAACAUGGCAGUAUUUUCCAAGGAAGAGGAAGAAUUGAGCCAGAAGUGUAUGAAAUUUAUAACCAAUUUUGCAAGAUAUGGAAAUCCGAAUAAUAAAACCACCGGUACGGGAAUAGAGUGGCCUAAAUAUUCGAAGAAAGGAAAAUAUCUGAUUCUGGAUCAUGCUCCGAAUAUUGGAAGCGAUCUUGCUGUUAAAGAAAUUGAUUAUUGGACUACUUAUGCAAAUCAAACUUAAGACAAAUAUGUCUUAAAAUAUAUAUAAUAUUUCACAAAAUAUUUCCUAUUAACAAACUGCUAAUCAUGUUCACAAAUUUUCCGAAAAUUUGCAAUAAAUUGUGCCAAAUAUUAACA